AUGGAUCCUCCUCUGCUCCAAUGCAUCAUCUGCCCGGGACAACCCCGUUUCAGCGACACAUCCCAUCUGUUGACCCAUGUCUCUUCCAAAGCUCAUCUGUCCCACUACUUCAAGCUUCAAGUCCGCAGCCACCAGGAGGAUGACGCGGUUGAGUUGCUCAUCCAAUACGACUAUUGGUUCAACACCAACGAUCUUGCUCAGUUGCUCUCCGAUCGGAGUACUUCCAAAGAAGAAAAAAGGAAGAAGAGGAAGUCUGGAGGACAGACCACAGCCCAGCUAACCAUCACCGACCAGCGACCUCUCUCGAGAACUUCUCACAGAGCCGAUCCUGUCGAUCCCAGCCCUUGUGCAAUUCUAUCCCACCCUGAUUUUCUGGACCCACGCCUGGUUGGUGAUUACGGCAACAUGAAACGCGAACUGGAUAGUCAAGGGUCAUCCAUCGUCUCAGGCUAUUACACCCCGACCAUAUCUGCAGCCACUGAUACCAACAUGAUUUCGAGUGUACCCCUUGGUACUGGUUCGUCUCAACUCAUGGACACUGCAGAUGCGGUGGAGUGGUAUGAGUGUGUUUCAUACAGUGCCGAAGGAGAAAAUCCCAGUGCGGUCUUGCCUGUGACGCCGGAACCUUCACGCAUUAUAUUUCGACACAGUGAUGUGCCUUGGGGAGUGGGCAGCGAAGCUUCGGAUGCACUUGUUGAUGCCAGAGGUCGCACCGAGAUCUUGGAAGGUGCCGAGGCUGACAAGGAACGGGCUGAUGAGAUGGCAAGACUCAAAGGUGUGCUGUGGCCGGGAAUGGACAUAUUUGAUUCAGCCACGCAGCAGAUGCGACGUAAGCGGAAUCAGAAAAAGGACAGCAAUGUUGUGAAGAUGAUGGAAAAGACGUCCUCGCAGGUAGAGCCCACGGAGCUUAUCUUCUCGCCCACCGGAAUCCUGAGGAAGCAGCGUGUGAUUUCAGGCAAUGUCGACGAUGAAAGUCCGCUGAAGGGAGAAACUCCAAUCCCCAGACACCGUCAGCCUCGUCCAAGGCCGCGUACCCGACGAAACGCGCUUCGUCAGAACGACCCUAACCUUCCCCGUGCCCAGGACCGAAAGCGUGCGAAGAAGACCACCCCUCAAAUUCGCGAGGCCGAGGAUGAGUGCCUCGCGAACAGUCCGACCCCUUCACGCUCAUUCACUCGCAUGAAAAGACCCAGAUCAUCCUAUACAGCCGAGGAUGGUGGUGAUAUUGCUCUCUCCGCCAAAGCAUUUGGAAAGCGAUCUCGCAAAGGCUUCGCUGUUUUUACCGACGAUGACCAAGACAAGCAGACUUUCAAAGACCAACGCGUUAUUUUCAAGGUUCCUCGGGACACACUGACCCCCGCUCAACUUGUUCUGGAUAGCAAGUCGAUCACUAACAAUCACGGACACAAGACCGACCAGUCCUCCUUGAACAAAGAAAACAUCGAGCCCAUCCUGAACCCCCAGGGCCGCAUUGACCUUCACUCCUGGAACAGCUCUUCAUUCUUACAGAGAUUCGAGCCAGAUGCGGCUGUGUAUUCCCGGUACAUCCUCUGCGAGCCUUCAGCAUCUGAUCUUGCCGAAGAAGUUGACCGUGGCAGGCACGGAUAUCAGUCCAACCCUCUGUUGGCCCCUUCUGCUCGGAUGGACUUUUAUGACGACGACAACCCUUUCGAGGUAAAUGCUUCAGCGAGCAACAUUGGCUGGGCGGCGGUUACACGCUGUGCCUCUUCCGAGGCGACCGUUUCCGAAGAGGACCACCAGGAACUUGCCCGGCUUUACCUGACUGGCAAUGUCGACUAG